AUGCAUUCUUACGGAGGCCAAGUCGGAACAAAAGCCCUUUUUGGGAUGGGAACCAAAGACCGAAGAGCCCAGGGCCAACCUGGAGGAGUUUCUCAAUUAGUCUAUAUCUCUGCAGCUGCCAGUGUGGAAGGCGAAGCUAUGGUCGAUCAAGUUAAGAGAUUUGGGAAUAUGGACCUUAUGCCCCUCGCAUUUGACUAUACAGAAGAUGGUACUUGUUUGGAUCGGAAUCAUAAGGACAUGGUAGUUAGUCCUGACCUUCAAGUUAUUGAGAAGAUUUUGGAGAGUGUAUAA